AUGUCUUCUAUGAACCCAGAGCAAUUGACGUCAGUCACAAAAUUGUCUCCACAAACUAACAAAACUGUGUCUGAAAAAACGGAUUUUGAUUCAAUUAUUCAAAUAGAGCUUGAUAAAUUGAACAAUUCAUCUUAUGAUGUGAACAAUUUGGAGCUUGAACUUGUGAAAGAAAAAGGUAUUAACUUGAGAAUUCAGGAAGAAUGCAAAGAACUUGACAAAACUUAUUCAAAAUUAAAAUGUCACAUCGCAAAAGCCAAACCUUAUUACGAUGCCCACAAAUUGUUUCUACAAGCAAAGGUAACAACGCAGAUAGCUCAGAGCAAAUACGACCAAGCUUGCUGUCAGCUUGCAGCUGCUAAGGAAAUGGCUGUAGUCGCCGAACAUCGAUUCUUCGAGACGGGGCAACCAUUCAAUGAUGUAUGGCAGGAGAUGUUGAACCACACCAUGCAAAAGAUGGACAACGCGGAGAAAAAUGUUUUCGAGACAGACGUACUGUACAGGAUGGCUUUGGCUUUCCAGAAGGAGGUCGAACAGUCUGUUAAAAAACUGCAGAAAGACUGCAAGAAGAGUAUAUCAAAAUCCAUGCCGUACUACCAAAUGAAAGCCGUUCACGUGCAGAUGCUGGAAGAACAAAAAAAGAAAAUUUCACAGAUAGAAGCAUCUCUGGCUGAAACUAAGAAAUUCUACUCGGAUACGUUAAAAAAUUUAGAAGUAUUGAGUGAAAAAAUACGCAAAUGCAACAACCAGGCAGAUCAGUCUUCGGAUUCGUUGUCAGUUAUGUCUAUUGAAACGAUCCGUAGGGAUGAUACGAAGAAUCAAACGUCAAAAAAUGAAAUCUCAAAAAAGGAUAUUUCAAAAAAUGGAAUCUCAAAAAAUGGAAACUCUCUGAAUGAAAAUAGACAACAGGUCUUGGAGAAGACCAAGAUUAUUAUGCACCCGCUGAUGCCAGAUGACGAAUUAACUGGAAAAACUUUAGAAAAUAAUUCAACCUAUUUCAUCGGUGUCCCAUUCAACGGGGACGCAGUUAAAGAGAAAAUUGCUGGAGUUGUCUGCAUCGCGAAGAAAGACAAAGAGGACCAGCUGAAACAGCUGCAGAGAGUUAGAUCGCCUCAUGGUGGCAGAGGGCAGCAGCGAACAAAAUCGUCGCAAAAUUAUUUACAGUCACUCAUCUCUGAAGUGAAAAAACCUAAAAAUCUAAAACUACCGCAGCGGCAACAACUGCAAAAUCCGACAAUGCAUCAGCAACAAGAUGAACAACUAUUCACUCAAAAUCAGCAGUGUCAGCUCUCAAACAAGCAACAAAAACUGCUUCAAGAAGAACAGCUGCAGCAACGAGAGGAAGCUGAAAAAGGACGAACCCAACUGUUGAAGCAGAUACAGCAGCUACAACAACGACAGCAACAACUUCAGCAACAACUACCUUUGGAGGAGCAACAAGACUUUCAACAGUAUCAACAGGAUCAAGAAAAAGAUGAAGAUAAAAAAUGUCUAAUACAACUUCCACACACUCGAGAGCGUCAGCAACUUUUUGACGAACAACAACAUCAACAAUUGUCAUUAAAAUACCAACAGCAACAAGAAACACACGAGCAGUCUCAAGAGAAGUGCGAUAAACUGCAGCUACCAGAAAAACGUCAGCAAAAUGAACAGAAACAAUUUUUUCAAAUACUACAACAAAAUGAACCAGAGCAUCAAAACGAAAAUGACAGAGAACAGACACUGCAUGAAAUUCAAAAUAUACAAAUGCAGUUACAGCAACAAGUUGAUGAUCUGUUACGAAACCAACUUUUUCAACAAAACAUCAACAGCCAGUUAAAUGAACAUGACGUUAAACUGGAAGUGCGUGACAGCCUGCAACAGAUCGAACCCAUCAUUCAACAAUUUCGUCAGCAAUCAUCGCAGUCAAUGAGUUUAACUAACUCCGCAGAAAAUUUAUCCAAUUUAACAUUUGUACCAUCAGUGGAAAGUUGCUUCAAACUCGAUAAGUUUUUCGUCAAUUUGAAAUUGCCCGAACAAUUGAAAUCAUCUUCAUCAAAAUUAUUUAAACAAUCUUUUCCAAUCUUUUUAUCAGUUCAUUCUGAGGCGCAAGUCCCAAUUCGUUCUUCCGUGUCUAAUAGCGAUAGCGCAAAAAUGAAUGCACUUGUCGCCAGCAAUCAGCAACCACCAUCCAACAAAUUAGAUUCAAAAUACUGUGAGGAUUUUUUGAAGUCUGACCAUUCAGGCAGUUUCCGUGCUCCUAUCCUCUUAUCAAUCCUAUCUUCUCCAAUUACUGUUUCCUCUACGUUGAACAGUCUCAUUAAAACAAGCAUGAAGAUGUUUCCUGGUCGCUAUAUUUAUUCCGACAAUUUAAACGUUGAUAGAGUUGGUACCUUUCACCAAACCACUAAAGAAUUUUCAAGAAAAGUUGUUGACGAUAACAAUGAAGAACAAGUGAACACAACAGCGAUUACCACUACUCUGGUAAAAAAGAGUCCUUUCGCUUUUCCAAUAGUUGAGAAAAAGAUUGAAGUUUCGCAAGGUUCACUUGAUUUGCAUAAAAAUAAUCUUCUAGAGGCAUGUCAGUACAAAAUUUCCACCGUGUCUUCGCCAAGCAUAGCGGAGUCGACAGAGAUGGAAAAAGUAACGCCAACAAAAAAGAAAUCAGAGGCAGUGAAUGUAUUGCAGCAGACGACUGGAGAUGAACCAGGUGAAUUUAAUACUUUGUUUUCAUCUUCACUACCUUCAACGACAAACAUGCAAACAAUAGUUACGCAAACAUUACCAUCGCAAAUAAAUUUUUCCUCAUUACAAAACACAAAAACAUCAACAACCUCACCGUCAUGUAAGUCGUCUUUGCCAAAUAAACAGUCGCCAUCGACACUCACGUUUGUAAAAUAUUUGCAUCGCAACCAAAAUUUGCUGUAUUUGCUCAGACAAAUGAUAAGAUUCAUGGAGCCAGACGAAGUAGGUGUUUCACAGCCCGUUGAGGCCAACGUACCAACAUGCAAAACUACAUCUCCAACUGAACUCAAAAAAUCAUCCAAAAAUAAAGUUACACCAACAGCGUUCAGGCCAUCUGAAUUAUCAUUGCUCUCUCUACCGUCACAAAUGCCUCAUUGGACAGAAAAAUAUUUUUCGCAAUCAAAUUUUUUUUUUCAGCAUGCAAGUCGGCACAUAUCAACUGAGACGCAGACAGAUGAUCUCAGUAACAGUUCUUUUGAGUCGUCGCAAAAUAAAACUCAAAUGAAACCUUCUAAGUUCAUAGAUUUUGUCAAAUCGAAAUCCUUAAAUGACAGUGAUCGUGACACUUUAAAAAACAGAUUUAUUUCCACUAGCACUUUUCGUUAUGAAUUUUUGCCUUCGAAAGAAUCUUUGUUAAAAUCAAAUCUAUCAUCUAAAAAAAAUGUAUCAAAGUCUUUUUCUAGACCAAAGACAAAACGUGUAGGUAUUGUACAGCAGUCGGCACGGCUAUCAUCAAAAAAGGAUUCAUCUCACUUUUUGAGGCCUUCCUGUUGUAAAAAAAUAUCUCAACUUUCAUCGGCAGCCUCAUUAACUGAUGAGAAAAACUUGAUGCUGCUGGGAAAUCUCAACCUGCUCUCCCAGCUGCAAUAUGAACGUUUCCAGGAAGAACAACGCAGGCUUCAAGACAUGUUUUACGACGAACAGCAGGAAAAAAUGAUUGCUGAGCAGUAUCUUUUUGAAAAUCAAUUUGAAGUGCAACAAUUUAUUUUAGAUCAGCAGUUACAAUUGCAACAGCAGUUACAACAUCCACGAACUUUCCAUAAAAAUAAUCAGCUUCGUGUUUUAGGUAGCGAGCAGAAAAGUGCGGACGAUGACUGUUACUCGUUGAUGUUUAAGAAAAAAGGCCAGCUGAAGCAUGUUGACAAACAACAACAGUUAGAACGAAAGCCAGAUGUCACCUACCAAAGGCCUCUGUCAGCACCAAAAUUUGUUUCAUUCAAUGAAGGAAAAGAUCAAGUGGCAAUUAUACCGAAAGAAAUAAUUGUUUCAUCAACGACCGCUGCCUCAGGUACAAGUUGUACGUUGUCUCCGCAGGUAGAUGAUCUGAAUGUUGCUUCGUCCACCGUUUUUUUGCCUGUCAAGCCAGGUGAAAAAUUUCAAGUUUCAGACCGAUUAUUUCCCAAAAAUAAUCGCGGUUCAGAAAUUUCUAUUGACACAAAAACAUUAAUUCUUGAGGAUCUGAAGAAUAAGACCCACAUAUCGAGUAGCAAAGAGACUUCCACGUUGAUUAGUAGCAGGGAUAUUGUUGAAAAUCAAACCAACAAUAUGUCUUCCACUAAAAACAGCUCAGAAACAUUAGCUACUACCGAAAAAAAUAAAACCGCUCAAAAUUCAAUAAAAGUCGGGGAAAGAUCUGGUGGCAUCAUUUACCUAGCGCAACAGACAUCAGAAUUGUCUUCAAAGUCACCAGUCUCGUCAAGAUCUGCAUCACCAUCAGACUCAACAACGUCGUCCAAUUUAAAAUUUUCAAGGUCAUUAUCAAGUUCUUCGUCAUCUAGUGCGAAGAACGAUUACAGCAAAAACGUGCCAACAUCAGAUAUAUUCAGCUUCAACAGGAGAACCAUAUAUAUGGGUACAGGUACGCGCGAUGAUAACAAUAACAACGAGGAUUUAAGUGAAGCAACUAAUGAGAAAAGUUUCAGAAAGUUUUUGAAAGAUAAAAAGUUGAGGAUGAACAAUUUUACUUCUCGGUUCAACAAAACUGAAAAUUUAACUGAAAAUAAAAAAAUGACCGUUCGUUUAUGUCCAGUUGACGACUGUGAUAGGAAAGACGAGAGCUUAAGGCGUAAAAAUUGGCGCAUAACCCCAUAUAAAAAUUUCACGUCAACAAAGACUCGAAUCAGCAGCAGAUCUGACUGGCACGGACAUGUCUCCAGAGAUCGGACGCUAUCUCACUGUGAACAUCAAAAAGUACCACAAGAAGAAAUUCUAAUGACGGAAAUGUUGGUCAACGCGUCCAAAGAAAAGCGAUGGGUUGAUAAAUUGUUUGAAAAUUAUUUCCUACACUUAGCUGAAAAUUUGAAAAAUCGAACUUCACAACAACAAAUUAAACUGGAUUGUUGUUCAACAUGCGUUUCAAAGCUUGCUAGCAUGGAGAACAUCGAAGCAGAAAAAGUUUUUGUUGAAAAAAACAUCGAUGAGAUUACCGGAAAAAUUCAAGGCAGUGAUCUAUUCCACAAAAAAGAUGUUACGAAACAAAUUUUGAACCGACUGUCUUCCGAUGAACAUGGAACCACUAAAAAAUGCAACGAAAUGACAUCUUCGAGCACAUCAACAAAGCACAAUGUAGAGUCAAAUGAAAAGAAAUAUCUUAAAGAGGAUGUAAACAUAAAUGCUGCUCAAUUAAAUGAACUUUUGCUUUUUAGUGCAGCAGCAAAAGAACAUGGCUUCUCUAACCUGUCAAUUCGUCAACAUGAACUAUCAUCAUUCAGAUCAGAAAACAAACAGCUGUCUAAUAGUAACAAAGAGUUGACUGCAGAACAACAAAAUGUUGAACCUUCAAAGCGCUCUUCAGUAAACGAUCAAAGGAUUGCACUGGAUUGCACUAGGACUGCACUGCCUCCAGCAAAGUUAACUGAUGACUCGACAGGUUUAAAGUGUAUUUGCGAUAAAACGGAGGAGAUGGCAUGCGCAAACAAACACAAGCGGAAGAAAUUACGGAAAAGUAUAUGCAGGAAAAACUGUUUGAACGUGCAAAGACAAUGGAAAAUCAAAAAACGCAAACGCAUCUUAAAACCUAGAAUGACAUUCUUUGAGAAACAAUUGCUGGAAUUAUUUAAAAAUAAAAUAUCGAAAAUGUUUUUAGAAGAAAGCACAAAAGAGACAGCCAUUUCGACAGCGUCACAAAACUCAAAAGAACAACAACAGACACAAUCGACAUUGAAGCCACGAGAGCCACAACAAACAACAUGCCUACCAUCACAACAAACAACGGUGUCAUCACUAGAACAACAAAAACUAGAUUUUCAACCAAUGGAACCGGAACAACCAACAACAUUACAGCUACAGCAACAAACAACAACAUUACAACAACAGGCAACAACAUCACCGCAGCAACACCAACAACUAACAACUUUACAGCAGCAACAACAACCAAUAUCACAACAGAUAAAACAACUAACUAUCUCUCUCUCUCAACAGCAGCAGCAACAACAGACAUCGCAAAAGAUUGAAUUUCAACAACUAUUAUUCAAGCAAUUAAUACAUCAUCCAGAAUUGUUUCAAAAACAUCAACCACUUAACCAAAAAAGUAGCGUCAAUCAAAUAUGCGAAAACAUGAUAGUUGUAAACUCAAAUUUUCAACAAAAGUUGAAUAACUUUGUUGAUCGAGUUUCAGUUGGGCAGCAGCCUGUUGACCAUAUGAUUCAACAAAAAGAUGUAGCUUCCAAUUUGGUGAAAGUUAAUGCAAAUUCAGCGGUUAAAAUUGAAGAAUGGAAAUUGAUACCUUCUAGUUUUACUUAUUCAAGUGCUAGUGGUGAGACGCUAAACUUUUCAAAAUUUAGUCGCAAUGAUUCGAAAAAAAAGAGAAAAAUGUUGGAAUCAUCGAGGACUAGUUUCCAAUCAUGCGUUCGUGGAAGACGACCGAUACCAAAAAUUUUUGAUGUGAAAUAUUUUUGUGGGAACGAAGAAAAAAUUAAAGAGAAACGUAAAAAAAUCAGCCCGAAGUCCAAACAUUGUAGAAAAGCAUUUGUCACUUUUGUGAACUUUGAUGGAGACCAAAAUAAACAUAAAAUUGACUGGCAGUGGGAGUUAUCAAGUUCCUACUCAUCAGAUCUCACCAAUAAAAGAACGAAACCAAAAAUAUCAAAAGCAGCAAAAUUUAAUCGUAAAAACCUGAUAAAUGAAAGAGAAAAAAUGAAAAUUACUGACUUCAAAAAAUGGAAUGAUAUGAAUAAUGAAAAUGAUUUGCUGCCAGAAAGUUUAAACUCAGUUAAAUUAACUUCUGCUAGAAAAAACGCUAGUAUAUUUUUAUUUAGGAAUGCAGUUCCUAGUCAAUUCAAAAGACAAAUGCCACAAAAGACAAUACUUGAAAAUAAAACUACUAAAACUAAACUUGAAAGAAAAACACCUGAUGACGACCAGCAGCAUGACACCGACGAACAAGUAAGAAACGUUCCAGCUUUAAAAGAAUCCUGCGACACCGACAGCUUCAGGAGUGGCAGUACGAACAAAACUGGAAAGUAUUCCCAUUCUGAACCUGAUGUAUCAAGCUCAGUUGAUCUGAAUAAAAGUAGCGAUGUUGUAAGUGGAGGAAGCAAGAGUGACAAGCAGAGCGUUUGCGAGAGCAAGAGUGGCAGCAACAUGGAUCAUUCUGAUGAUAAAUCUUCUGCAACCGAUCACAGCAGAAGCAACGAAAAUAAUUUGUCCUUGAAACCAACUAAGAAAAGAUUAAAGAGUGCAGAUGUAGAAAUACCACUCCUUCCAUGGCUGGGUGGAGGUAAUUAUUAUUAUAAUAAAACAUCUUCAGUCAAGAAACAAAUUCGUUCCGUUAAAACCAAACAGACCAAACACUUGGCUAAUGAUUUUCUCGAAAAACAUUUGCCAAAACUCACGGAAAAGUUCAAAAUUCAUAACCUGAAACAAAAUCAGAAAAUUAAAUUUGAAUACGGCAUUGAAAACUUUUCAAAUCAUUCCAUCCCAGAUAAACACAAGUUGAAAAAAAAAUCAGAUGAUGACAAUAAUGAUAACAACGAUUCUCUAUCAACGUCUGACGAUUCAAUAAAGAGUCGUUCCAUUUUUCAUUCAAUUUUCUCCAACACAAACAUUGACGUCACGUUCAAGUCAUUGAAUGGGUCUGGCACUAAUGUUAGCAACGCCAAUCAUUCGUUAGAUUUAAUCGAAGAUCCAGGGCAAAACACUACGGUUGAGGAAAAAUUUAUUAGAGACAAAUCAACGGAAGAGGAAAUACAAAAUAGUACCCUUCUUAAAAUUUAUCAAGUUUUACAACGGCAACAUAAAAAACUUAAGCAACAACAAAAAUUUAUUCGAAAUUUAGAAGAAUAUUCAUUGUAUGGAAAACUCCGCUCUAAAUGUCACAUUUUGCAAAUGAAUCAAAGAAUCAAAAAUCAUUCUAGUUUUCAUUUUAAUGCCUGGACCGGUUUCGGUAGAUCUUUAGUGGAUAAAAAUGAAAAAAUAUUUCGCACUAAUAAACCUAAACACAAGAAAUCUCACAAAACAAGCAUUAAAAAACAGCACAAGCGAGAUCUUCAAAAAUAUAACUUUUCCUUGAGUUCGAAAUUGAAAUCAUUCAAGAGAAUGAAGUCGAAAAGGCUUUCGAAAGGAAGUGCAGUGGAAACUGCUGCAGUUACAACAACACCAAAACGCACACAAUUUUUGACAGUAAAGUUGCAGAAGCCAGAACAGUGUGGAGAGCAACAGCCAGCUGGUCAACAGUUCGAAUCACAACAACUUACAAAACUGUUAAAUGAGUCACAACAUGAAACAAUAUCGCAACAGACUGAAUGGCAACAACUGACGUCUCAGCCGGACAAGCUUCUGCAACAACAACAACAACUUGCCAAACAUUACAGUCUCGUUCAAAUUCAUGAAAACACUGCAGCUGUAAACCCAACCUUCUACCAAGGGCUACAAUAUCCAGCUGAUCCCGUUCAAAGUAAGAAAAAACACGAGGCGGAUAACAAAGCGCCGGUUGAAUUCUAUUUAUUUACAUCUGACGUUUCUAAUGACCAAUCAGAUGAACAAAAAUUUACCGAACCAGCAUGCAGAAAACAAACCGCAAUGCCGAGUUUUAUCCAACCAAAAUGUGUAAAUGAAUCUCCGAUUGAAAAUUCGUCAGCGUCGUCAUGGACUGCACCGACGGCGCAUUCAACGAUUCCUUCGUUGGCUGCCCACGUAGCGCGGCAGCGGCAAAAGAGUUUCAAGUCGCGUUUUUGUACAAAGUUUUCCGGCAUACUCCUUGUUGCUCUGAAGUCUUACAAAAGAAAGUUGAGAAAGAGGAAGAAGAUAGGAUGGAAAUCGACAAGUUUGAAACCCAGUAAACUGAAAGACUCUAAAAAUGUGCUCAUAAAGAAGGCAAGAAAAAGAAAAUUAGUAACAAUUCGUUCCGCAAAAUCAAUUUGUUGUGGAGAAAGUUUAGCGGCAAAUGUUGAUGUCAAGACACCUGGUCGUACAAAUGUUGUUAAAAAUGAUGCUGAAGGGGCAAUCAGCAGUUGUGGGAUCGAUAAAUCGACGACCGAUGCCAUAAAUCAUCCAGAUAUUGAAAAAGAAGAAAACAAAUUAAAAUUGAGAAAGACAUUUGAGUAUCAACGUCAUGUCGAUUAUUCAUUUUCAAUAUAAAACCGUGUAUUUUUCUAUUGAAUGAUUAUUUCAAAAAUAAAAAAAAUGUAAAUUCCAAAGAAUUUUACUCGAUAUAGUGCUAACUGGUACAGAUUGUACCAUCAUUUUAAGAGCUUUCACGUAUUUAAAGUAACGUUCAAAAACACAUUUAGAGUGAACAUAUUUUGAGGUUUGAAUGAAAUUUAAAAAUCGCAUACUUCUAAAAAACCUUUUUCUUACGUAAACAUGGAAUAAACGUCUUGGUUAAAAAGUA